AUGUGCUUGCUUCACAACGUCCGCCCCAAAAGAGAUCCGUGCUCAGCCGCCAACAACAAUGAGGUAUGUGAGCAGCUGAAGAAGAACAUGUCCGUGCUCUUUCGAUCCUUUCCUAUUCUAUUAUUAUCCUAGUGAAUAGUUCUAGUCACAUGACUCAGACGCCUAUCAUCAUUUCCUUCUAUUCAGAUCACCGUCGAGCACACGGCAAUCAAAUGGACCGUCUCAUUCCAACUAAAAAUGAUCAUCGGACAGGCAACGCUCACAUGCAGAUGUCUAACCGAUGCGAAAAAGCUGGUGAGUGGGAGAAAGAGUCCGUGCAUUAUCGUGUCACGUGCUGACUGAAACCGCUUAUCACCUUUCUUUGUUCCAUCAUAAGCUGAUAAGUAGUUGUACAGAAAAGGAAUUGAAGUGAAGUUUAGAUAAGUGGAGAUGAGAAAAAAUCAAAAAAGUCUAGAGGGGGAAUCGACCUGAAAGAGCAACGGGAAAGUGCAGCAAGCGAUAAGAGUCUUCUUGUCAGGUGCUCGAUGUUCGUGAUCUGUCCAUCCGAUCGGUGUCCAUCAAUGGAAUCGACUGCGACUUCAGAAUCGCCCCGAACGUGUACACUUUCUUUGGAUCCAAAAUGUCCGUCUACCUACCUCCUCAACUCCAAAAGGCCGGAAACAUUCUGUAAGACUUGUUCCGUUGAACGGAUUCCAGAAUCAACAUAAUUUCAGGCAAGUCACUGUUGCUUAUGGAACUUCUCCGGAUGCGACUGCCCUUCAAUGGAUGAAGAAAGAACAGACCGCGGACAAAAGGGUAUUCUGAAUAAUCCGAGUGCUUCUUGCUCUCAUUCGAAAGUGUUCAGAUGCCGUACCUCUUCUCUCAAUGCCAGGCCAUUCACGCUCGUUCGAUCGUUCCCUGCAUGGAUACCCCCUCCGUAAAAAGCACUUAUGAGGCAGAAGUGACCGUGCCGACCGGAAUGACAUGUCUCAUGUCGGCCAUCGGACAGGGAUCCAAAGGCGACGACGAGGUGACGACGUUCUUUUACAAGCAGCCAGUGGCCAUCCCCAGUUACCUGAUCGCCAUUGUCGUCGGAUGCCUCGAAAAGAGGGACAUAAGUGACCGAUGCGCCGUGUGGGCUGAGCCGUCCGUAGUGGAUAAGGCGCAUUGGGAAUUCGCUGAAACCGAGGAUAUUCUUGCUUCCGCCGAGGAAAUUGCGGGAAAGUACAUUUGGGGAAGAUACGACAUGGUGUGUCUGCCGCCUUCGUUCCCCUUCGGAGGCAUGGAGAACCCGUGUCUGACCUUCCUGACGCCCACUCUGAUCGCUGGAGAUCGGUCACUGGUCAGUGUGAUUGCACAUGAGAUUGCACAUAGCUGGUCAGGCAACUUGGUAACAAAUUCCAGUUGGGAGCACUUCUGGUGAUAUCGUUCUCACUCUCUUUCUAUGAUAGAAUGUCGUUUAGGCUAAACGAAGGCUUCACAAUGUUCAUCGAGAGAAAGAUCUGCGGUCGACUGGUUUCAGAGGACUACCGGCAGUUCAUGGCGUUCAACGGCUGGACCAACUCGCUCAUUCCUGCUGUAAGUGCUUCUUUUUCUCUCUCUCUCUUUCUCUCUCUCUCUCUCUCUUCACUCACAAAUCACCCCACCCAAUUGUGCAUUUUGAACCCGAUGACUGAAGAUGCGAAUGUGCAACAGAUAAGCGGCUUAUCACACAUUCCCUUCUCCGAAAAGUGACGGUUGCAAAGUUCGAAUUUUGCAGGUCUAUGAACAAUUCACUCCGACUCAUCAGUUCACAAAAUUGAUCCAAGAUCACACGAAUGUCGACCCGGAUGUCGCGUUUUCUUGUGUUCCGUACGAGAAGGGAUCUGCUCUGCUCUUUUAUCUUGAGCAGAAACUCGGCGGAAGUGAAGUGUUCGAAGCGUACCUCAAAGAUUACCUCACGACUUUUGCUCAUCAAGCAAUUGACAGUUGGCAGUGGAAAGAUCACUUGUACAGAUACUUUGCCGAUCAGAAAGAGGUGCUCGACUCGGUCAACUUCGACCUCUGGUUCAACGGCGUCGGAAUGCCGCCCGAGAAGCCAAACUACGGACAGUCAAUGGUGGAGGCGUGCGAAACGCUUCUGAACAAGUGGUUGAACGCAGAUGAGAAGACUGUGAACGAUAUCACCGGAGAGGACUACUUUGCGAUGCAACCACUGCAGCAGAUCGAGUUGCUCUCCCAGUUGUGGCAGCACAAUCCGCCCAUCGAGCACUACAAACUGGAAGCACUCAACAAACUGUACAGACUGAACGAGUCGCAAAACUCGGAACUCCUUCUCAAGUAAGUAGAACUUCCUUUCCGUCAGAAACCAUCUGUGCCGUUCAGCUGGCUCCGUCUGUGCAUAAAAUCAAAGUGGGAAGCCUGCAUUCCGAAGGCGUUGGACUUUGUGAACUCGCAGGGACGUCUCAAGUUCUGCAGACCUAUUUACAGGUGUGACACUCAAAAUGCUCAUUCUCUAGUGUGUUUCCCAUUUCAGAGAUCUGGCUCAAUGGCCAGUUGCGAACAAAAGAGCGCGGGACGUUUAUCUGAAGGGUCGUGGUCAGAUGCAUCCGAUCACGGCGGAGAUGAUCGCCAAGGAACUGCACAUCCGCCAUUCCACCCACACCGUCUGCUUCUAA